CCUCAAUCGAAGGUGAUACAGUACAAGUACGAACAGGAGUACAGAGUACUACAUGACGACUAGGCCCUGACCGCGAUUUUAGUCUGACUCUUACAAACUCUGAGACGCUUACUUGAGAUUGUAGUAGUAGCUCUUUUCUCAACGACAUCCUACACACCGGGCAGGAUGAUUUCAGCGGGUUAUGGCCGGUCCAACAUCUACAGCUUUGAUCCACAUCAAAAAGGAGUCGGUCGUUGUCGAAGCGGAAGACUUACAACCUCACGAGCAGCGAGAUGAAAGCGACAAAGGAAAAGAAGAAAAGUUCAGAGAGCUGUCGACGCGACAGAAACUCCUCGCCAUAGUCCGAUACAGCGUGAAACCAUUUUCUGACAGACUCGACCCCUUCGCAGCUCUGCCCGUGAACCUGGACCGUCUGCAAGAACACCUCGUCAGCUUCUACCUGCUCUACUAUCCCAAAGCAACCUAUGGCUUCAGUUCACGACUCCGGCCACAUCCAGUUGCCAGCAAUUUCUCCAUUGCGCUGACAACGCCAGCUUGUUUCCAAGUCAUCCUGGCUCGGUCUGCACUGUAUCGCAUCGGGUUGAACAAAUAUGCUUCGGAACGCGAAAAGGACGAGUUGAACAUGGCAGUGAUGAGGCACAAAGGUGAAGCCCUCAAGAUGUUGCGGGUCCUAAGCACCAAGGCAAGCCCGAAUCGAAAAGAUGACCUGCUCGCCUCGAUCAUCAGUUUGGGCACAUUCGACAGGCGGACCGGUGCCAAAGAUGCAGCAGGGAUGCAUUACUCUACGGUUAGACGCAUCCUCAAAUCAACCGGCGGGCCUCUGGCUGUCGGUUCAGUCCUCCUGUCUCGAGUCAUGUGUUUCUUCGAGUGCAUAUACGGGACGAGUCCGGAAAGCUACAUCUGGGACGAGUCAGACUUGGACAGACUGGUCAAGGGACUGAACGGCUUCUUGUUCGGCCUCUGGGAGCUCUGGAAGUCACUGUCAACGAUAAGCGGCCUCACAGCGGUGACAUCGAAAACUGCAGGACCGCCACGAAUACAUUCAUUCGGACUGCAGCUAGACUCGAGUCUGCUCUCGCUCGUCGAGCGUCGGCCACCUUUGGACGCCGAACUCACUCAACAAGGUCGGCUGGAAAUGAUAUUCCAAGUGACUUGUCUGCUGACUUUUGGUAUGGUGACCUUGGAUAAGGCCGGCGACUUCCGGAGCCUGCAAGAGUACAUGGAUGGUGUUCACAAGCAGGUAGACGACCUCCACCUGACGGGCCAAAGUUGCAACAACGUCAUGUGGCAAAUCCAGGUGAAUGACCAUAGUGCGGAGCAUAGCAAGAGGAUAUGGAAAGCAGCAUCAUAUGCCUGGGUGUUGAAACAUGUCUCAUACAAUGUCCAGGUGAGCGUGAAGGAAUGGCUGUUGGCGUUCUUCAAGGGUGAGCCGGUGACUGAGAAACAAUUUCGUCUUGAUCCCUUUCAUUUCAGUUAUGCCAAUUGAAGGGUACGGAGUAUUUAUUGGAGUUUAAAUAUAUACCCUGUACUUUGUUCAAUCCAUGUGGGAGGGUUAGAAAAGCCAGAUUGCUGGAAAUGGCAUUGAUAUCG